AUUUUGCCUCCCUGUCGGGGUCUUUCCACACGCCCGUAGUGCUACAGAUGGACAAAGUUUAACGCGGUCGAGCCACCAACUCCGUCCCUCUGUUGCAUGGAGGAAAGAGGAAGAAGGAAAAUGACGGAAUUCGACGACCGAAGCUGUGCGUCAAAUAUGUUUUUGCCCAGUUGCACUUAUUACGUUUCGACGCCCGAUUUCACCUCAGUCUCCUCCUUUCUACCGCAGACCACUUCGUGUCAGAUCAAUUUUCCCUAUUCGCCAAACAUAACCCAAGUCCAACCUGUCCGAGAGGUCGCUUUCAGGGAUUAUGGACUGGACCAUCCGAAAUGGCACUACAGGGGCAAUUACGCUUCCUACUACUCAACAGACGACAUAAUGCACCGGGAACUGAUCCAGUCGUCGAGCGGCAGGGCAGAUGUUAUAUUUAAAAAUGAGCCCUUGUACGGUCAUCACGGGGGAACCAGCGCGCAGUGCAAUUUCUUCGCAGGAGUGGGCCGAAACGGUGUUCUCCCCCAGGGCUUCGAUCAGUUCUUUGACUCUCCGAACACGGAGCUCCCCAAACAAAAGGCUGCUGAGCCUGCUUCCCACGAUCACCGUGAUGACCAUGAUGCCACGAUCAUCAGCCAGGCUGUAACCAAAUUGGAGCAACAAAACGCAGAGCCUCCCGGCAGCGCCGACGAGGACUCAUCCUCUAACUGUGGCGACAAGAACAAUCGUCAGAGUUCAUCAACCAAGUCCAGGAAGAAGAGGUGUCCAUACUCCAAAUACCAAAUCCGAGAACUUGAACGAGAGUUUUUCUUCAACGUGUACAUUAACAAAGAGAAGCGUCUCCAGCUGUCCAGAAUGCUAAAUUUGACAGAUCGCCAGGUGAAGAUUUGGUUUCAGAAUAGAAGAAUGAAGGAGAAAAAACUCAACCGCGAUCGCCUACAAUAUUUUACUGGGAAUCCUUUAUUCUGAUGUAUGAGGCUUGAGAUAAUCAUUCAAACGCAAACACAGACUCAGCUGAAGAAGCUCCUAGGUACUAGAGCUGCAACCUAACAUGCCCAUUUAUUUCAUAUGGGUGGUACGAUUAUUUUAAUGUAUUCAAUCAUAUAUUGGCUUUAUUGUCAGUUCAGAAUAUUUUUAUUCUAAAUCAUACCAAGUAGCAUAUAUUGUCCUUUUCUUUAUUUUUCUUUUUUUGUAAACAUAUUUGUGACAUGCAUGUAAUAAAUGUUGUGUAUUGUGAAAUGAUAAGCAAACCAAAUGGU